AUGUCUGCAGAUUUCUUCGGCAGUCAUUGUCGAUUUGACUUGAUUGGGUUUUUUUUUCUCAGCCGGCGGCUAAGAGACAAUUCGUGCAUCAAGAUGUCUGAUGAGAAACAAACUGAAACUCCUGUUGAUGGUGUGGAAGAUGUAGAUCAAAGUGAAAUGGAAACUUCCUCUGCUGCUCCUGUUGAAGAAGAUGGUAAUGUGGAUGGAGAAACCCCAAUGGAAGAUUCCACUACAGAAGCUGAAAAGAAAGAGGAAGAUAAAAAAGAUGGAGAAAAGAAAGAGGAAGAUAAGAAAGAAGAAGAAGAUGACAAUACAUUGAACUUGCGAAGGCCAUAUCCAAAUCUCUUGACCAUCCACAAAUUGAAAUUGGCAGACAUCAAAGUAGCUGUAUCGGAGUUGUCCGAUUAUUGGGAUGAUACCUGUUUGAAUAUCAGGUACAUUAAAGAAAAGACUGGUGUAGGUAAAGGGUUUAUGAGAAUGAAGUUCCCAUCAGAAGAAGCUGCUGAAGUUGUCUUCAACAAAUUACAGCCGAUGGAAAUUAAUGGCAAAACAUUUGUAUAUGAACCCCCAACGGAAGGGAACAAGAAAGACUAUUCCCUCUAUGUGAACAACAUUCCACAAGGAGUCACAGUCAAGGAGGUUCAGGCGUUAUUCCCGCAAGCCCGGAAUGUGGUGAUCCCACUUAAUGAGGAAGAUCAGAAUCAGGGGUAUGCAAUUGUGGAAUGCCAUUCUUUACCGGAAGCUGAAAAUAUUAUUUCAGAAAGCAAGGAUCUUAAGCUCAAGGACAAUGUCUUAUCAAUUGAUCUGAUUUCUCACACUUCCAAAGAUGAUGAUGACAAGAAAUCAAAGAAGCACCAAAACAAUCAACAAAAUAAAAAAGGUCGCUUUUCUAAUCAGCAGAAUCGACGCAACCAGCAAGUCAACAAGAAGGGUAAACAAGAUCAGCGUGGCAGAGGUCUGAAUUCUGAUAUGAGAGGUAAACGGCCACAACAGAUGCAACAAAUGCAGCAGCGUAAACAGCGAUGGUCUCCUGACAGGCGCCAACAAGGACGGAAGCCUGCACAGUUUAUGCAGAAGGGUCGAAUGGAUGGUGGUGGACGGCGCCAGUUAAUGGAUGGAGUUGGUGGUGGUGGUAGUGGCCAGUGGAAUCAAGGUGGCCAGAACGUUACAGCUGCUCUUUCUCAGACGAGUGAAUUACUCAAGGGCCUGACCAGUUUGCUUGGUCAGCAGUUGCUAAAUCCCAACCAGAUGGGUGGUCAAGGUGAUGGUCAAUUUGGCAACCAGUCAUGGGGUCAAGGCAUGGACCAAGGAGGUAACUACGGCGGAGGCUAUCAGUCUGGCGGCGGUGGCGGUGGUGGUGGCGGCGGCCGAGGGUUCAACAACGACAACAUGAAUUACGGUAACUAUGAUUACAACCCCACGGAGAUCUCCUCGUCCUCACCCUCCGCCUCCAGAUACUCGGGUGAUAACUAUACCAAAACAACUGCCAAUGCUCCUUUGCACGGGUUACUUUGCCAGCAUGAGCAGUGGAAUGCUUUUCCUCCUCCUCCUCUACACCCCCCCCCUCUCCUUGUAAGUCCUUUUGACAUUCUUUCAAAGACAUCAUGUCUUUGGGACUGGACAUGA